AUGUAUGGCUUUGACCUUUUCUCACCUUAUAAUUUUUUCGUUAUGGACUUUGUUUCCCUUUGCCUGUCGGCUAUUUCGGGCUCUAAUUAAUUGAAGGCUUAAGAAUUUGAUGAUAUGGCACCGGCCGCUGCAGCCACGAAACUAAAACCUGAUGAGGAUCCUUUAGGAAUAAGGGCCGUGCUACUUGGCCCUCCUGGAUCCGGUAAGGGGACUCAGGCUCCUCGUCUGAAAGAAAAGUAUUGUGUUUGUCACCUAUCCACUGGUGACAUGCUGCGUGCUGAAGUCUCAUCGGGAUCAGACCUGGGACGACGCCUUAAGAAGGUCAUGGAUGAGGGCAAACUUGUUUCCGAUGAAAUGGUGGUUGAUAUGAUUGACAAGAACUUGGAUCAACCUGAGUGCAAGAAUGGUUUCUUACUUGAUGGAUUCCCUAGAACUGUACCCCAGGCUGAGAAGUUGGACGAUCUAUUGGCGAAGCGCAAGACUGCACUGGACGCCGUAAUCGAGUUCGGAAUCGAGGACAGUCUGCUCGUAAGGAGAAUUACGGGCAGACUGAUUCACCCACCUAGUGGUCGUAGCUAUCACGAAGAGUUCCACCCGCCGAAGAAACCAAUGACUGACGAUGUCACCGGAGAAGCUUUGAUAAAAAGGUCCGACGACAAUGUCGAGGCUCUGAAGAAACGCUUAGCUACAUAUCAUGCUCAAACGGUUCCUUUAGUAGACUAUUACAUGAGGAAAGGUCUACAUUGGCGCGUCGAUGCAUCGAAAGCCGCUGACGACAUAUACUCCGAGUACAUGACGCUGCAUUGUUGA